UGGGGGCUCAGUCCGGCUUCUGACAGCGAGUCGAGUCCGGUAGUGUAACCGUACACGCCACAAUCCCUUCCAUCCCGUCAGGUCCGCUGUCCUCAGUCUCACCGGUCCUCCAAGACUCUGCUCCUCCGGUAUUACGCACUCAUCCAGGAAUGAGAAAUGAUGGCCAGCUCUACAGCAGAGGAGAAAACCUUCCGACGGUUCUUGGAGCUCUUUCUCCGGGAGAUGAGGAUGCCUCUGCAGGAGAGCGACCCGGUGCCGAUGCGCCCCCUGUCAGACCUGGUGACCGAGGACGAAGUGGAGGGGGAAUGCUUGGACUUGUGUCUCCAACAUCUCUACAAAUAUAACUGCCCUUGCUCCCUGGCUGCUGCUCUCGCCAGAGCCACCGCAGACAGCCUCCUGCAGACGGACCUCUCCAUCCACCACCUCAACAAGACUGUGGAAGAUGGAGCUGACCCACUACCACAGAUGGAGUCUGUGAAGCUGGCCCGCCUGGUGUUCAACAGACUCUUUGAGAUGUGCUGCCUCUGGAUGAAGGAGCUGCCUUUCCGCCGCCGUCCGCAGCCCUACUACGAAACAUCGAUACACGCCAUCAAGAACAUGAGGCGCAAGAUGGAAGACAAGCACGUCAUCAUCCCUGAUUUCAACACACUCUUCAACAUUCAGGAUCAAGAGGAACAGGCUUACUUUGCUGUGUUUGAUGGUCAUGGCGGUGUGGAUGCUGCCAUUUAUGCCGCCAACCACCUCCACGUCAACUUAGUCCAACAGGAAUCCUUCAACCAGGACCCGAUCGAGGCGCUCUGCAAAGCCUUCAAAGUCACAGACGAACGGUUUGUGAAGAAGGCGGCACGGGAGCACCUGCGUUGUGGCACGACAGGUGUGGUGACGUUCCUGCGUGGUCGGACGCUGUACGUGGCCUGGCUGGGAGACUCGCAGGUCAUCCUGGUCAGGAAAGGACAAGUCGUGGAGCUCAUGAAACCACAUAAACCAGACAGAGAGGAUGAGAAGCAGAGGAUCGAGGCUCUGGGGGGCUGCGUGAUCUGGUUUGGGACUUGGAGGGUUAACGGCAGUCUAUCUGUAUCCAGAGCAAUAGGUGACUCAGAACAUAAGCCCUACAUCUGCGGCGAUGCAGACCAUGAUAUCUUCCCAUUGGAUGGCACAGAGGACUACCUUAUUCUGGCCUGCGAUGGCUUCUGGGACACAGUGAGUUCAGAGGAGGCGGUGCGGGUGGUCAGCGAUCACCUCCAGGAGAACAGCGGAGACACCACCAUGGUCGCCCACAAGCUGGUGGCCUCCGCCCGUGACGCAGGCUCCAGUGAUAACAUCACUGUCAUAGUGGUCUUCAUGCGAGAUCCACGCUGCCCCCCACCCUCCAGCACGGAGGACGAGGAGGAGGGCGUGGUGGAGGGAGAGGUGGAGGAGGAGGAGGUAGCUGAGGCAGAAGAGGAGGAACAGGAGGAGGAAGAGGAAGAGGAAGAUGAGGCAGUCAGGGUACAGCGUGAGGGUGGUGAGGCUGCGGACAUCGGGGGUAAGAACCGCGGAGGCUGGCCCCUGCAGCAGUGCUCGGCCCCCGCUGACCUUGCCUACGAAGACCGAACGGACUCGUUCACGGACAGAACGAGCCUCAGCCUGCUGGGGCCAUCACUGGAGGGCCGCAUCUCCCUCAACCACAGCCCACGCAAGCUCAGCUCCUUCUUUGGCUCCGACAUCUUCACAAGUUCCCACAUCUACCAAGGGAAACAGCCACUGAGGCACAGGUCCUGUAUCCCCUUUCAGGAGUCCAGCAUCUCUAGCUUCACGGACCCGAUGUGGCCUCAGACAGCCGUGCUGUUAGGCCCCACACUGAGGCAAACCCGCAGGCUCAGCUACGGUAGCCGCCGGUGGAGCCGGAGGUGGCCAGGCACAUCCAAGGAGCUGCUCGGCCUGCUGCCAGCCGGCCACUUUGAGCCGCAAAUGCAGCGCUGCUCCAACAGGAGGCCCGGAGUGGCAAUGCCUCACCUGCCUCAUGAUGCCACCAUCUGA